CGGGUGCCCCCCGAACCAGGCUCCCCUCGCGCGGCCGCCCAUGGCGCCCCGGGGGCCGCGGGGGUGGGACGAGGCCGCCCGCACAGCCGGGGUGCUGGGCUGCACUUCGGCAGCGAGGCCGGGGCCCCCCGCAGCAGGCGGGAAAGGGGGGGCGCCAGGCGGGCAGCCCCAGGCACGCGGGAACCUGACCCCAAAGGUCACAAGCCGCUGACCCCCCUAGAGUGCGCUGUCCUCUCCUGCUGGGAGGGGCUUUCACCCCCCGAGCCGCACCCACAAAGAGCCUGAGAGACCAGCAUAAACGUCCCUCGCUGAGCGCGCCCAGGGACCCGCUGGCUCUGGGGGGCGGGGAACCUGUCCCCACUCUGGCACCCUGAACAUGGAAGCUCUCUGGGCAGCACCUGCUCUCCAGCUAGAGAAUCCAGCCCCUGGGACCCUCCCCUUCCCCCAGCAGGGAAUUCGCACCGGCGCCCAGGCUGCUCGGAACUGCUGCUUCUCGCCCGCGCGGGACAAGCCGCCAGCUGCCAGCGCUGCGAUGCCGGGAGCUGCCAGGAUCGUCCCCGAAUGGAAGAACUUGAAAUCUCAGAUCUGCCAAAAGCUGCAGAUGCCAAAGGAGCUGCCCGAGGCAGGGCCAGGGACGCCGGUGCUGCUGAGCGACAGACCCUCCCUCGUGUACCGGGCCAGCCGCCACCCUCACCUCAUGCCCCGCAUUUGCUUCUACCCGACUGCCACCGCCAACGUCUUCGUCUGCUUCUCCUGGGGAGGCCCGGGGCUGAAACAGGACCAGGCCCGGGUCUGGCUGCAGCACGUGGCGGAUGAGAGCGUGGUGGUGGAGCAGGACGUCCCCAUGGCCCAGCGGGUGAAGGUGCUGCAGCUGUCCUACGUGCCCAGCCUGCGCCUGCUGGCCACCUACUGCGACGACCUGCACCUGCGGCUGUUCGGCGACCACAGCCAGGGCCUGCGGCUCCUCACGGCCGUCCGCUGCCCGCACUCCAUCACCAGCAUGUGCUACAGCCCGGAGACAGGUGAGCUGGUCACGGGGGCCAUCGGCGCCAUCAGCUUCUGGGCCUUCAGCCCGGGGCCCGCGCCAGGCCUGGGCAUCGCGUGGGCAGUGAGCGUGGCUGGCGGAGAGUUCGUGCACUGCCUGAGCGUGGAGCGGGACGUGCGGGCGCUGGUGGCCCUGUGCGAGAACACCAUCCGGCUCUACGACUGCCAGCGCCGGGCCGAGACCCAGGCCUUCCAGCUGAGCCCGGGCGUCUCCCUCACCUGCUGCUCCGCCCACGGGCCCCAGGGCCUCCUCUACGUGGGCGACCUGGCCGGGCACGUCCAGCUGUGGAGCCUGGAGACGGGCCGCCAGGAGCAGCAGUUCAAGGCCCACCUGAGCGCCGUGACCAGCGUGGUCUGCCGCCCGGCCACGCACACCCUGCUGACGGCCUCGCUGGACGGGCUGCUCAAGGAGUGGAGCCUGGGCGCCGGCGAGCUGCUGCGCCGGCUGGACCUGGGCGAGCCGCUCUUCCAGCUGAGCUUCGUCACCGAGCGGCUGUUCUACUGCCGCUCGCAGCACAGCUUCUGCCUCCGCACCCUGCGUAGCUUCUCCCAGCUCUUCAGCGCCCCCGGCUCCGGCCUGCGCAGGCUGGCCCGGGUGCCCUGCGGCCCCGGCAGAGCCCGCAUCCUGGCCACCACCGAGGACGGGGUGACCCGCUUCCUCUCCUCCGUCACCGGGGAGCUGCUCCUCCUCACCUGGCCCUUCCACAGGCUGGAGAAGGCCCUGGACUACGCCUACGACCCAGAGCGGGAGGAGCUGGUGGUGACCGUGGGGACGGCCGACGUCUACGUCCUGGACACCACCAUCUGCCCCAGCCCGGCCAAGUACGUCGUGUGCACCACAGAGAACAGAGACGACAAGGUGCUGUGCUUGGCCUUCUGCCGCCUGGGCCUGGGCACCCAGCCCUCCGGCUUCGUGUUCAGCGGGCACCGGAGCGGGCACGUGCGCCUGGUCUCCCAGCACGCCCACAGCCUGGCGGAGCGGCAGAUCCACAAAGGGGGGGUGGGCGCCCUGUGUAGCCUGUCGGCCUGCGGGGACCUGUCCUACCGCUCCCCGGAGUCCAACUUCCUCUGCUCCUACGGCGCGGACGAGCGGAUCGUGCUGUCCGACGUGGGUCUGACGGGCAGCGAACUGGAGCUCCGGCCCCUGGUCGUCAUCCCCAGCACCGGCUGCCGGAUCCAGAGCCUCCUGCUGGUGCCAGGCUACCUCUGCGCCCUGACCGAGCAGAACCGGCUCCGGCUCUGGAGACAGGCCACCCUGGUGCCCAGGAAGAUCAACCCGUACUGGCUGGAGACCUGCGCCCUGCACUCCUGCUCCGUCACUUCCCUGGACUACUGCCACCCGCUGCAGCUGCUGCUGACGGGGGGCGCGGAUGGCUCGGUGAGGGUGUGGUCCCUGACGGGCGUCCUGCUGGUGGACUUCGACACCAGCCUGCAGUUCAGCCGGGUUUGCUUCGCCAGCCUCCGGGGCGACCUGCUGCUGGGCUGCAGCACCAACAUCUACUUCAUCUCCUGCCUCGAGUACCUGCCCCGCAGGCACCUCAAGGCGCUGGCUGCCUGGCAGGUGGAGGACGACGUGGUCGAGCACCCGCUGCCCUUCCUCCCCAACUUCCUCCUGUCCUUCGACACGGUCUUCGUGCCCAGGUACCUCUGGGCGGGCGAGAAGCCCAACUGCUACCAAGGCAUGGAGGCCCUCACCAGCCACCGGGCGGUUAUGCUGGUCAAGAGAGUGGCCAGGGUGGUGGCCAGUGCCAAGACAGAGACAGGCCCCUCUCCCGGCCCAGAGGCCCACGCCGGGGUGCCAGAGCUCGCUGCGGAUUUCCGGCCCGCUCGGACACUCACCAAGAGGCCCCUGUGCUCUCCUGUGGAGCCCCAGGCGCCCGGGGAGCUAGUGCCGCUGCUCCAGAAGCAUCUCCUCCCAGGGGGGCCGUGGCUCAUCGGGCCGGACGGCUACAUUCCCAACUCCAUCAUCAGGGCCCAGCUCUGGCCGCUGGGCACGCCCCUGCACCUCCAGUGCUCCCUGACGGUGACCCCGCGCCGGCGGCUGCCGCCGCGGAAGCCAGCCCCGGUCCAGGAGCCGGCGGCGUCCCGGUGGUGGGAGGAGCCGGCAGAGAAGGGGAAGGCCAAGCGGAAGCCGCAGGACCAGCCCACGUCCUUCGUGGACCCAGAGCUGCCCCGGGACGUGCUGGCUGAAAUCGUGGCCAAGAACUGGCUGAGGCACCGGCCCAGCGAGCUGACGCUGGAGUCCGUCCUGCGGGCCGUGCUGAGCCAGCUAGAAGACGGGCCGCUCUCCGCGUACAGCCUGUGCACCGCCGCCCUGGUGCAGAUCUGCCAGGCCUACGUGCUGCCGCCCCAGCUGCAGGCCGAGGCCGCCGCCCGCCUCUACCAGGGCACCGCCAGCGAGAACAGCCGGAUCCGGCAGGCGGCCUGGGAGACCCUGGGCGAGAUGGCGCUACUGAGCCACAGGGACGUGGUGCCACUGGCCCGGGCCCUGCUGGACCCGGACUGGCAGGUGCGGGACCAGGCCCGCUCGCUCAUCACCUCCGUCGCCGGCAUCACCGACAAGUUCGCCCUCCAGAAGGCAAUCAGGAGGCAGGUCACGCCCGCCCAGGAGCAGCCGAGUGUCACCAUCAGCGGGACGUUUGUGCCGUACGGGCUGGGGCCAGCAGGGCCUGAGGCAGAGAAGCCAGGGUGGGCGCCAGCCCUGCUCGGCGUCACAGAACUAGAGAUCCUCCUGGCACAAGUGGAGACCAGGCUGACGGAGGACCUGUACCUGGCGGAGGAGCGCCCGGAGCCCAGGGCCAGGGGCUCGGGGACCCGCAUCAAAUGGCCCAAGGUCUCAGAGGUGCUGAGUGCGGAGGCGGCCGCGGCGGAGCCGACCCAGGGCCAGGCCAAGAGGCAGCAGCUCUUUGGACAGACCCAGCUGCCCAGGAGCUCUGGUGCAGCCAAAGACGCCCCUGGCACGAAGAAGAAGAGACGCCUGCGGGAUAAGCUGCCCCAGAUCCAGCCCGGGGCCCAGCACCUCACAGCCCCCAUUAUGGUGCCGAGCGGCGAGCGGCUGGGCCCCGGCUCCGAGGCGGAGAGACGGCAGGGCCCCGGCUCCGAGGCGGAGAGACGGCAGGGCCCCGGCUCCGAGGCGGAGAGACGGCAGGGCCCCGGCUCCGAGGCGGAGAGACGGCAGGGCCCCGGCUCCGAGGCGGAGAGACGGCAGGGCCCAGCCGGCGCCCCAGGCAGCCUCUCCUCCGAGGUGCCCAAGGUGACGCUGCCCAAGGUGGGGCAGCCUCCCCUGGGCCCGCGCCAGGACCCACGCACCAAGCGCUACCAGGAGACGCUGAAGAGGCAGAUGCUGAAGACGAGGCAGCCGGGUGAGCCCCUGUCCUGGCAGCCCAGCCAGCCCUCGGCCCAGGCCAUCCGCCCCGAAUCCUCCGACCCCUUCGUCAUUGACCCCAGUCACCGGUACGGCGCCGACAGCGCCCACUGGCGGGACGACCUCUGCAAGCUGCUCAACCUGCGCGUCGCCCCCUCGGCCGACGGCCGCAGCGCCCUGGAGGAGCUGGUGGCGUCCACCCGCCUGGCCCUGGGCCAGCGCAGCAGCUCCUGGAGCCUCGGCAAGUCCAGCAGCACCGUCGGCCGGGGCCUGGCCGAGAGAGACGCGGCUGCCGAGGAGCUGGUGGCCAAGCUGGGCAUGCGCCUGGCACAGGAGGCCUGGGCCAAAAGGGCAGAAGGGGGCCUGGCUGAGGGGGUCCCAGCUGAAGGGGGCCUGGCCGUGGGGGUCCCAGCUGAAGGGGGCCUGGCCGAGGGGGGCCUGGCCGUGGGGGUCCCGGCUGAAGGGGGCCUGGCCGUGGGGGGCCUGGCCGUGGGGGUCCCGGCUGAAGGGGGCCUGGCCGAGGGGGGCCUGGCCGUGGGGGUCCCAGCCGAGGGGGCAGAGCAGGUGCUGGGUGGCCGGGCGUCCAAGGCCCCUGCGGCACGGCCAGAAGAGCUGGCCCGGGGCAGUCCGGGGGCGGUCGCUGGGGGAGUCGAGGGGCAGGUCUGGCAGAGAAUCCAGCCGCUGCUGGAGAUCCUGGCCGACCCGGCCCGGCUGGAGAGCACCGACACCGCCGAGCUGCUGGGCCGGCUCCAAGCCCUCGGGCAGUGCCCCUCCGUGGAGCACCGGGUGGCGCUGGAGUCCACGCUGGCCAUGGCGGCCCAGGUGCUGGGAGAGGAGGACGCCGGCCUGGGCAGGGCAGUGUCGCUCUGCGCCCUCCUGGCCAGCCCCGGGCAACAGCUGCCUGAGGCCACCGUGUCCACGGAGCUGCUCCAGGGCCAGCCCGGCCCGGCCACGGAGCUGCUGGCGUCUGCCCAGGCCCGGCUGCAGGCCAGCGCCGAGAGGAUGGGGCAGGAGUGGGCGUGGUGGGAGCAGGUGGCCCGGCCGGGGCAGUCCAGCCCGGAGCUGGCCGCGCCCAGGGAGGACGAGGCGGCCCGGCGGAAGACGCAGCCUCCGGCUUUGUGGCUGGGCCGGGCUCGGGCCCAGCCGCGGAGGCUCCAGCAGCGUGAGGCCGGGGCCGGCGGGCGCAGGGAGCAGGCGGGGGCGGUGCCCGUGGGCAGCCAGCGGGAGAAGGUCGACUUGUACCUGCCGGACCGGCUGCCGACCGCCGGCGCCGGCUGGGCCGAGGAGGGAGCGCGUCGCCUGCCGGGCGAGGACACGUUCCUGGCGCUCUACCAGGUGCUGGUCACCCUCCAGCGGCGCCAUGGGCCCUUCUCCCCGGCCUGGUGGGAGCAGUUCCACCGGCUCACCAAGCUCUACGGCCUCCGGCGGCCCCUGAGCCGCGCCUUGAUCCAGCAGCUGGGGGCGGCCGACCGGCACAGCAGCAAGUCCCUCCCAGGCCUGGCCCAGGAGCCGAGCGAGGCCAGCCUGGGCCAGCGGAUCCUCUACCAGAUCCUGCAUCGGGGCCCCCAGCAGCCGCCCCAGCCGCCCAGCUUCUGCGGCGUCAUCCCCCUGAGCUACCAGAACAACGUACACGUGCUGCAGCCGCGGGGGGAGGCCCGGUACGGGGCCGUGGGCCUGGCCUGGCGGACGGCGCAGCAGGACGGCCGGGGCCAGCAGCCCAAGCUGCACUUGGGGGUGGGAUGAGGGGCAGAAGGGCACGGCUCUGCUGAGCUUCUGGCUCUCUCUUCCGCGUCAGCCCCACGCUGCUCCCCCAGCGCCGCAGGGCCCAGGGGAUGGCGCAAGGUGGCCCCGAUCCCUGCCCGGAGGGCCAGCUCCAGCCGCC